AUGCUGGAAUUCGUGGAAGUUGAUUGUAAUUUCACCUUCAGUCAUAGAAAUGUCGAACGCGUGGGCUUGGCAUUUCUUAAUUCUAAAAGAUAUAAUGCCAGUACUGACGACGCGGCCGAAAGUAAUGACGAUGCUGUGGAUAAGUUACCUGAAGAAUUCGCGGUCGAUGUGGACUAUCUGAAAUCUUUAGAUCCCAAAGAAUGGAAAGAUCACGAUCACUAUGCAAUACUUGGAUUAGGAAAAUUAAGAUUUAACGCUACAGAUGAUGAUAUACGGCGUGCUUACCGACGCAUGGUACUAAUGCAUCAUCCCGAUAAGCGAAAAGCCAAAGGCGAGGAAGUAAACACCGAUGAUGACUAUUUUACUUGUAUUACCAAAGCUUAUGAGAUACUUGGUACGCCGAAGACAAGACGCGCUUAUGAUUCUGUGGAUCCAGAAUUUGAUGAUUCAUUUCCAACUCAAGCAGAGAUAGACAAAGACAUUUAUGGCUGUUUUAAUAAAUGCUUUGACUUGAAUGCGCGCUGGAGUGAAAAGAAAAAUGUGCCAACAUUUGGUGAUGAAAAUUCAACGCGCGAGCACGUGGAGGAAUUUUAUAGCUUUUGGUAUGAGUUUAAGUCCUGGCGUGAGUUCAGUUAUCUGGAUGAGGAGGACAAGGAAAAGGGGCAAGAUCGCGAUGAAAGGCGUUGGAUUGAAAAGGAAAAUAAAGCGCUACGAAUUAAAAGAAAGAAAGAGGAAAUGAUGCGUAUACGCGCUUUAGUCGAUUUAGCUUACAAUAAUGAUAAACGUAUACAAAAGUUUAAAAAUGAGGAGAAGGAAAGAAAAUUAGCUGCCAAGCGUGCCAAAAUGGAUGCAGCGCAAGCACAAAAAGCCGAACAGGAGCGUGCCAUACGUGAGGCACAAUUGGCUAAAGAGCGUGCUGACAAAGCUGAACAAAAGCGUAUCGAGCAAAUUCGCAUCGAGAAAGAACAAAUGAAGAAAGUGCUUAAAAAAGAACGAAAGGCAUUGCGCGACAAAUUAAAAGAAUCGAAAUACUAUGGUAAUAACGAUAAGGAAACAUUAAAGAAUAUGGAGGGCGUGGAAAAGAUUUGUGAAAUUUUCAAUUUAAGCGAAUUGCAAGAGCUCAAUAAAGACAUUGAAAAGAAGGGACAAAAUGCAUUCUUUGCCGCAUUAAAAACAGUUGACAAGAAAAUUGCUGCCGAACUUGAAGAACUCAAUCAAACUCAACAAAAGAAGUCAACAACAACAAAGAAUGAAAAAGAUAUUAAAAAGAGCGAUGUAUGGAAUAAUGAAAAUAUGCAAUUGCUCAUCAAGUCAGUCAAUUUGUUCCCAGCUGGCACGUCACAACGUUGGGAUGUAAUCGCCGCUUUCAUAAAUCAGCACUCCACAGCCGGUGUAACAGUUAAUGCGCGUGAUGUGCUCAAUAAAGCUAAAGCUAUGCAAAAUAGUGACUUCUCCAAAAGCACACUUAAAACGCAAGCCAAUGAUACAGCUUUCGAAAAUUUCAACAAAUCGAAAAAAGAAGUACAAACCAGCAAUGAUAUAACAGUCAAUCAACCGGAAACGAAUAAUGUCAACAAUGCUGAAGCUGAUGCUAUACCAAAUGGUAAUAAAGAAUCGAAUGAAGAUGACAAAACUGCUACAAAGACAGCAAAUAAGCCAGCAGCUGCACCAAAAACGUGGACAAAGGAGGAACAAGCGCUGUUAGAGCAGGCUAUUAAGACCUAUCCAAUCUCAACACCCGAUCGCUGGGAUAGAAUAGCGGAAUGCAUACCGAAUAGAACCAAAAAGGAUUGUUUACGUCGCGUCAAGGAAUUAGUCGAGCUUGUUAAUUCGAAAAAAGAAGCACAGCAAUCGGUCAAAUGAUGAAUUUAUGAUAUACACAACAAGGAAUGAUUAUUUAUUUGUCUCCUUUAAUGGAUUUUAUGUAAUAUAUAAUUAAAAUAAACACACCCGUUAAAUCAUAUAGAAAGAGUCAUAGUAUUGUAAUUAGUGGCGCAUUACACUUUCACUUUAACAGCGACUACUCAAACGCUUGUUAAUGGUAAAGUGUUUUAAUGUCGUUUACAAUAAAAUAAAACUGCUUACUGACAGACCACA